AUGCCCCUGCGUCUCCCUCUGCUGGAAACCGCUCUGAUCGGCAGCACACCCGGCCAGUGGCGCUCUGAGGUGGGCGAGCUUUCUUCUGCGCUGGUAGACAACGGGGAUCAACUGCAGGAGGUCGUGGAGAGUUCGCUGUCUCAACUGGCACUGGCGGCGUACAGUCUGGCAGUCGCGUGGGACUUGCCGUUGGGCGCCGUUAAGGUCUUUCAUGUAGUCACUCUAUAUGAGUUGGAGGCCGAUUCAACAGCUGAAAAGGUACCUGUUUACUUGUAUAUAGGCUCCUUGACGUGCUAG